AUCUCAAACAUGGCUCAGCAGGAAUACAAAGUGCUUAGUGACAAAAUGUUCACCUACAAAGGAACUGUUUUAACUUUUGAGGACAAUUAUGAUCUCACUCCAGAAUAUAUUGACAGUUUAGAGGAUUUUGAAACAAAGGAUGAUGAUGUCUUUGUUGUUACCUUCCCCAAAUCUGGUACAGUAUGGACCCAACGGAUCAUGACAUUAAUAUACGCAGAAGAUUUCCCAGACACGGCCAACCAACUCACAUUCGAGCAGAUGCCGUGGCUGGAGUAUCGGAUAACGGGGACAGAUUACAACACACGACCAUCUCCAAGACUCUUCUGCUCCCAUUUACUCCAGCAGCUGAUGCCAAAAAUGCUGCAAAGAAAAGGAAAAGUCAUCUAUGUCAUGAGAAACCCUAAAGACGUCAUGGUGUCAUAUUUCCAUUUUUCCAACAAUAUGAAAAACAUGGAUUCAUCCGAGAACUUUGAAGAGAUGCUGAAAACUUUUGUCACAGGAUGGAUGGUAGGUGGCUGUUGGUUUGAUCAUGUUAAAGGAUGGAUCUCAAAUAAAGACAAAUACAACAACAUCCUGAUCCUUACUUAUGAAGAAAUGAUCAAGGACCUCAGAUCUGUCGUCGUGAAAAUCUGUGAGUUUGUGGGAAAGAAUCUGUCGGACGCAGCGAUUGAUAAAGUGGUGGAAACAGCCACAUUCAAGAACAUGAAGAAAGACCCCGUGGCCAACUAUGAAUCCCUUCCUCAGAAUAUCACAGACCACCCAAAAGGACUGUUUUUGCGCAAAGGAACAGUUGGGGACUGGAAGAACUCUUUAACCGUGGCUCAAAGUGAAUGUUUUGACCGCGUCUACCAAGAAAGAAUGAAGGAUAUACCUCUUAACUUUGUCUGGGACAUCUCAGAAUUGAUUGGCUGAAAUGCAAAAACAUCAAACUAAUAAUGAUAAAAAAAGAAAUCAGGAUAAUAAAAGGAAGACAUAAUAUGCAAUUGUAUAUGUUGACUACACAACCAUAACAAAACAGAUAUCAGGUUGCUAGUCUUGAUGCAGGUUAAAGGCUUAUUGUGAACAUCAUGUAAAAACAAUAUUAAUUUACAUUCUGUAAUUUUCAAACAAUUUUAAAUUGAAUAUGCUAAUGGUGUCACUUUUUGUGCUGUAAAAAAUGCUGUAAAAAACAAAUUAAAUCAAGGCUUUUAUGUGUUACUCUCAAAAAUAAAAUGUCCUUAAAUAUAAAAUGUACUUAUAUGGUUUUGAAAGUCUUAGUUUUAUUUAUUUUAUUAUUUUUGUGUGUUUCUGUGUGUGUAUUACUUGCCUGUAACAAGAUUAUUAUGACUGAAUUUACAACGGUAUUACAUUAAAUGCAAUAAACACUAAGACUUAUUUUGA